AUGGUGAAAGGAGUAAAUGUCGAAGCAGUUUUGGAUGCGCUGGACUCUAAUUUCACCGGUCUUAUUGACAAAGAGCAGAUACAAGUUUUUUACGAAAGUUACUAUAACAGUCGAAUUGAUUUACGCAUAAUUGAGCUUGCAAUUUUAAGUGUAUGCAGUGACAAUUCCUCUGGAAAAUGUACAAGAGAGAAGUUUGUUGAUGUCAUCGCUGAAAUUAAUAAAAGGAAAACUUUGGAGGAGCAAUUACAUUGGGACUUUAAAUCUUUAGAUAGAGAUGGAGACUGGCUGAUAACUGUACAAGAUGCCUACUUGCUAUUACAAAGCUAUUGUGGUAAGAAGUUUAGCAUGACGCACUGGAAAAACUUUGUUCAUGCAAGACGUUUUUCAGAAACUAAGGUCUGUUAUGAGGAAAUCCGAACAUUUAUGAAUAGCAUACCAACCGAAGACCUAAAUACAGAGGAAGAAGUUGAAAAAGAGGGCACCUUGCUAUCCCAAAUGGCUUUGAAUAAUGAACUCACGUUCUAUAGGGAAAUAAAAACUUUUGAGGAAAAUAAGAUCGAUAACAGGGCUGAAAAGGCAAUCAGGAAUCGCAAUGAAAGAUUAACAAAGACUGCUAAGAGGUACCUGAAAAUUUUAAAUACCCGCGGCAUUGAAGCUAUGCUAUACGACAAGGGUUAUAGUUCGUCUGAGGAAGAUGAACUUGUUACAGUUACGGCUCGUAACCGUAUCAGCACGAAGGACCUCUUUGAUAUCCUUAAUCGCAAAUAUGAAUGCAUAAGAGAGUCUACAAUAUGCGAUAUGAUUCGAAGACACGUAGGUGAAGGUAUGUGGAUGUCGCUAAAUGUACCAGAUAAGAAACGCAGAGUAAAGAAUUUGGGGAAAUUAGAGCAACAACUAAGAAAAAGUGGCUUUCUAGAUGAAAUCAUUAAUUUAGAUGGUGCUCAGCAACGUUCUCCGCAUGAUCUCAUUAGUUUAAUUGGUGAACCAAUCUUCGCUGUAGAAAUUCAUUUAUCAGAGGAACUGCAGAAACGUAAUAAGUUGAGAGAAUCUGGACUUAGUACCGAAGAAAUAGAUAGACAAUUAUUAAUAAAAGCCGUGAAAAAAUACGACAAUACAUCUUGCUCUUACUCUCAAAUACUGAAUGAUCUAGCCGCUAGACAGAAUGCAGAAACAGAUUUUUUAUGGUCCGACCUCCGCAGCGUGGAACCACAGUUUCUUAAAACUGCUAAUGAUCGUCUAAAGCAGUAUUUAAAAUUUGUCCGCCAGCUCUGUCGUGCAAGGCUAGACCUUCGUUUCCAUAGUGUUUCUCUUUCAGUUGGGCUAGUUUUGGAUCAAAUUAGGCAAGAAAAAUUAGCACAUGAGCGAUUAUCCGAAAGAAGGAGAGGAGACACUCCUACAAUGUCUCAAAUUGAUGAAGUAGAUAUGAAUCUCUAUGAUGAAUAUGGAGUUGUUGACCUUCUAGAAGCAACUGUUCGAACUCUAGAACAAAAGCAAGCACAUGAAAGAAACAAAUUCAUUGAAAUGUUACAGGGCUCAGAGAGUCUUUCCGUGAGGUCGAACGUUCGAAAAAUGAACAUCGAAGAGAGACAAAACCAAUACUCUUUACUCAAAAUUAAAAGGCGCAAGUGGCGUGAAAGUAGCGAAGAAGAAAGAAUUGCCAGGAAAACACAAAAUCAUCAGAUCUUACAGGAAGCAACUGCGAUUUAUUACGAGAACGCUAGAGAUAUUAAAGCGAAUGAUAGAGAAGUAGAUGUAGCAGUUGCAAUGUUAGCCGAAUUACAAUGCAUGCAAGACCAAGAGUGUGAGCGUUUUCUUACCGAUGUUGCCGAAAAGUCAAAUCAAGAGCUAAUAGACAUCAGAAAUGAAUUUCUAUCUGCACGCCAAGAAGAUUUGUUAGACAAUGUAUCAUCACUUGUUUUGAAAACUGACGUGGUCAGAACUAAAGAGGAAGUCGAAUUGGUAAAGGCUCUAGAAGAAAAAUACGAUAUGCUGAAAGAAAAGUUAAUCCUAGAUGCUCUUAAAACGCAAAUGGGUGAUGCUGAAUGGGCUAAAUUAUCUGAACGAGAAAGGCAGGCCAGACUAAUGAAGUUAAAGCUGGAAGAACGGAAACUUAGAAAUGAAGGUAAAUUCGACGAAGUAGCAAGACUUUUAGGUGAAAGCAUCAAGAAUCAUGAACAGCUCAACCAACUAAUGGGUCAUAAUCGUGCCAUGUAUGACCAACAGCUCAAGGAUAGACUGGCACGUCGUAAACAACUGAUUAUAGAAGGAAAUGAUCUCGAUAAGAUCGAGAUGGAAGAAGGCGAAUUGCCGGAGGAUAAUCAAGUACAUAGUAAUGUAAACUUACUGGAUGACCUGGAAGCCCGCUUUAACGCUGAAAAAGAGGCGCUAUUGGCUAUGCUGCACGGUGCGGAAGGUCAAGCCAUGUCAGAACGAGAAAGGCAAGCUGAGCUCUUACGCUUACGGCUUGAGACACGCAAAGGGCAAAUGGAAGAUAGAUUCGAUACUGCCGCGAUGAUGCUAGGAUUGGCUGAACGUAAUCAGGCUGCUGCUAAUGAAAGACUACAGGGAGAUCGUAAGCGACAGGAAAAAUUGGCAUUGGAACGUCUGGCUGAGAGAAAAGCAAGAAAUGGUAAAAAAAUUAUUAUUGAUGAAGAAUUAGAACCAGAAGAGGGUGAUAUUGUUGGCUGGCGUGACUCUGUCUUGAAGGAAAUGGAGAAAAAACACUGCAUGGAGAGGGAAUUAUUAUUGCAACUAAUGCAAGAUGAAGAAAGUGGAGAGUCUAGUUUAAAUACUCUCAAAAUUGCAGCCGUCAAGAUGGAAGAGAGCAAAAGGCAAGAAUGUCUCGUUGAGUUACGUGGGAACUAUGAUGCGAUCGUACGAGCAAAUGAGAGAAUAACGAAGAUUCGUAAAUUCUUUAUAGUUGAUCGAGAAGAGAUUCUCAAUAUUUUACAAGAAGCUGCUUUAGUGAAGUAUGCCAGUAGAAAGAUGAAGAUGGAAUUUGAAAAUGGAACCUUGGUUGACGAUAAUACCGUAUAUGCUUCAAUUAUGGCUGAUCUACAGAUCAACCAUUCUAAGGAAUCAGAAGAGAUGUCUUCACGAAUAAUGCAAUCUAGUAUGGAAGAACUAAUACAGCAAAGAGCUAAGCAAAUAGAAGCUAGACAAGAUCGUACGGCUGAGAAUGUAGCAAACAUAAUUACAAAGUAUGAAGGGGCAGCUGAUGAUGAUUAUAUUAUCAGCGCAUUGGAAAAAAAAUAUGAAUCACUUAAAGAUAAGUUAUUGGAAGAAGUAUUAAUACAACAAUUCGGAGAUGAUAGCUGGACCACUCUCUCUGAGAAAGAUAGGCAACAACGUCUUGUACAACUGAAAUUUGAGGAAAAGAAGCUAGUACGCGAGGGACGCUACGAUGAUGCCGCUGCGCUCUUAGGUGACGGAUUUGCGAUAGAAUCCAACUUAAAAAAACUUAUGGGUGAGAGCAGACCUUCUUAUGAAAGUCAACUGAAAGAAAGGUUAGAAAAGCGCAGGUUAAGAAUGCUGCAAGGACAAGAUAAAGAAGACAACUCAGAAUCAGAGUUGGAAGAGACUUUUAACGAAGAGAAAUCUUGUACAAAAGAACUAUUAUUGGAUCUAGAUAACAGACUCAAGGAAGAAAAGGAAGCACUAUCGGAUAGGUUACGUGGAGCAGACAAUUACGUUCUCACCGAAAGGGAACGACAAGUAGAACUAGUUAGACUUCGUCGAGAAUCUCGUAUGGCACAACAAGAACAUGAUUUUGACGCUGCAGCGAUCCAAUUAGGACUUCUUGAACGUAGUCAGGCAACAACCGUUGACAGACUUAAAUAUGACAGAUAUCGGCAAGAAAGACUCGCCGAAAAACGCUUAAAAGGAAAAGUAUAUACGCGAUCAACCUUGCCCGCCCGAAAGAUGCAAGAAGUUGAAAUUUCUGAUCCGAAAUACACAGAUCUUGUUCAGAUGCAAAAUACGCUUAUUUCAGCGACUGAAAUCAAGCAUAUCGAAGAGCGCAAGUUCUUCGUGGAUCUUUUAUCGAAAGAGCGUGAAAGCGUUAUAAUUGAGAUGAUUGAAAUCAUGUCUGAAGACGAAAGAGAGUGUAAACUACAAGAUUUGCUAAUAAGGCUUGAUACUAUUUCACCGGAUGAAGAGGGAGAGCAAGGUAUCUACUGGAAUAUUUUAGCGGAGGCCGCAGUAAUCAAAAUUGAAUGUAGGAAAAGUACCUUAAUUGGUGAAAGGAAGAUCGCCAGUAUAACCAAUGAUGACGUCAUAGUAUCUCUUCUUGCGGAUCUGAAUGAAAUACAACAAACAGAAAUCGAUAAAAUAAUAUCCCAGUUAGCACGAAAGAACGAAAGUGAAAUUAAAAGCAUUCAUGAAAAACAGCUGCAGAGAUUAAAAGAAAUGACGUACCAGAAUGUUAACUCAGUGUUAUUUAAUGCGGAACCUUCCAAGUUCGCCGGUGAAUCUCAAAUUACGGAAGCCUUAAACGGCAAAUAUGAUGCAUUAAGGGAUAAGUUAUUGGCAGAAGCCUUAGCUAAACAAUUAGGAGAUGCACAAUGGAAGAAACUUUCAGAGCAAGAAAGGCAAUUAAGGCUUAUGAAGUUAAAGCGGCAAGAACGAAAAUUACGACAGGAAAAUCGUUACGAUGAAUUGGCUAAUAUUCUUGAGCUGAAUGCCGAAGCAGAAUCCAAUGUCCAGGGGCUACUAAUGGAUAGUAAAUUGAAACAUGAGCAGCGGUUACAAGAGAGAUUGAAAAAGAGAAAGCAGAGACUAUCCGAGGGAAUGUCUGAAAGUGAGGUGGACAAACUGGAAAAGAAAGAAGAUGAAGAAUAUAAUCGUAAAUUAAAACUUCAGAACGAGGAUAAAUCGAUAGUAGGAUUGUUACGUAAUCUGAAAGAUUGCUAUGAAGACGAUAAGGCCGCUCUGAUGGCUGGGCUAUCAAAUGCCGAAGGUCAAAUGCUAAGUGAAAAAGAACGACAGAUGCAGCUCGCUAGACUUAAAAGAGAACAAAGAAGAGCGCGCCAAGAAGAUCAAUUCGAUGCUGCUUUAUUGGCUCUAACACUCGCACAAAGUCAAAAUGAGGCAGCAAAUAAAGCAGAACAGUUGAAUCGACAGCGUCAGGAACAUCUAGCGCGUGAGCGACUAGCUGCAAGAAAAAAAAAAUUACGUUCAAAUUCCACUAGCACACAGAAAAUGACAGUUGAUACUGAAAGCUUAGGCUCACUGCAGGAAGCUAUUUUGCAAAAUAUCGACAUUAAGCACAACGUUGAAAGAGACGUACUUAUUCGAAUAUUAAAUAAAAUUGAGUCCCAUGGGUUUGAAAACUUACAAGCAAAGGCAUUAUCAGCUGAGGGACGAAAUCAAAGGUUAACUCUUUUGAUGCAAAUAUGGCAAAAGAUGUUCAUGUCUGCUAGCGAUUCUUUAAAGGCUGGAGAAGAGCAAGAUUCAAUCUUUAAUGAGGCUGCUGGCUUGCGAUUGGUGAAUGAUUACCAUCGUGCAAGUAGCGAAGGUGGGUCCAAACUAGACUAUCGUGACAUUUGUGUGAGUAUUUUAGCCGAUCUACAACAAAGGCAAGAUGGUGAAGUACAAAAUUUAUCUAAAGAAAUCGAUAGUCAGAAUCUGCCAAACUUGAAAAAGUUGUACGGUGCUUACUCUAUGGCCAUAAAAGGAGGUUGGUUCGAUGACAUCGCUUCGGUUCUGUUCGGUGCAGUAAUGAAGGAAUCCGCCAAAUCAACAGAAUUAAAUGAUGAGGCACUUGUUAAUGCUUUGGAGGAGAAAUACGAUACUUUUCGAGAUAAAUUGUUAAUGGAAGUAUUAAAAGCACAAGCUGGAGGAGAAGCCGCUUGGAUGAAAUUAAGCGAAAAAGAAAGGAAUGAACAACUCGUAAAAUUAAAGAUAGAAGAAAAGAAACUUCGUGAAAGCGGUAGAUUAGAAGAAGCCGCUGCGUUAUCGAUAAAAGGUUUAUCAAAGGAAACCUUAGCAAGUUUUGGUAGUACUUUUGGCCUUCCUAGAGAACCUUCGAAGAGAAAAGAUCACGAUCGCUUAAAUUCUAAUCUAGACACUUUGGAGGAAGAGAAUGAAGACCGUUCGUAUUUGAAGGAUUUUCCUAUAGAUGAGACGAUAACGAAAAAUGCCAUUAUCAAUCUACAAGCCAACUUCGACAACGAAAAAGAAGCGUUGCUGUCUUCUCUUCGUAGCGCUAACAACAAAUACCAAAGCGAAAAAGAUCGUCAGUUGAUGUUAGCUAAGAUUCGACGGCAGCAAAAAAAAGUUGCUCGAGAAGAUAAGUUUGAAUCAGCGGCUCUUGUUUUUAGUAUUGCAGCAUCACAAGAAGCUGCCAGAGAAGAAAGCUUUAAGAAAUCUCGUGCGCGACAAGAAGAACUUGCAAGAGGAAGACUUGCACAGCGUAGGUUGCUCUUAAAGCAAAAGAAAGGAUCAGUUGUUGACGACGUCAAAGUUGUAGAAGCAAACCUUAAACAAGAAGCCGAAAGUGACGAAAGAGAUGAAGUUCUUCACCUCAGUAGAAUGAAGCAAGGAGGACUGUUAAGCUCCCAUGAAGUGGUUCUAUCCGAACUAGAAAAGAAACAUGCGACUGAACAAGAGCUUUUAUUUCAGAUUCUUGGCGAAAUCGAAAGCGAUUUAAGCAUUAUGGAACCAUACUCACUGAUGAGUCAAUUAGAUCGAGAUCAAAGAAUGAGCGAUUUACGGGUAUUAAGGACAGAGUGGAAAGAGCAAUCAAUGGAAGCUGCUUUCGAUGAAGUACCGGAGGAGAUUAUAUUGAAUAUAUGCAACCGAGUUAACGAACUGGUUAAAGUUAGUAGUAAGACUCCAGAAGAAAUGCAAGAAGAAAUUUCGGUAGCGCUUUUAACCGAUCUUCAAGAAAAACAAACUGCCGAAAAUUCUGCUGUUGAAAGGCAUCUAGUUGAUAAGGAUGAAGCAUUUCUUAAUCGCUUUGCUACUGAACAAAAAAUUUCAAGACGAGAAGGCUGGUACGAUAAUUUAGUUAAAGUGGUAUUAUCACCUAGUGUUAUCUCCGCAGAUGAUGAUAUAGAUGAUACAGAUGAACAGGAAACCCAGAUAGCACAACAAGAAAUUCAAAAUCACCUACUAAAGCUAAACGAAAACUUUGAGACUGACAAAGACGCUCUUAUGAAAGUGCUUGCAUCACAAGUAUACCGUAGAGUUUUAGAGAAAAGGCGACUUCGUAAGGAACAUAAACAAAGGCAACAGAAAGCCAAAGAUGCAAAUGAAACAGUACCACCGGACAUAGAUUUGUCAGAUGAUGAUGAAGAGAUUGUUGCAGAAUUAGAUAAAAAGACCGAAGUAUGUGAAAGGUCCAGGGCUUUGCAAAGUGAAGAAGACCUAGUAGCAGCUUUAUCACUUCUAGAGGCGAUGCAUCAGGCUCAAAGAACGACAUUAAAUAGUGAAUUGGAGCGCCAAAAGACUUUAGCAAGAAAGAAACUUGAAGAAAAACGCUAUAAAAGACAGCUGAAAGACUAUGAAGAUGAAGUAGCUAAUUCUAUGAUAGCCAUGGCUGAAAAAACACAACUUACCUUAAUGAAUUCGAGUAAAAAUGAAAAAAAUCGACAAAAGGAUAUCCUGCGAAAUCGUUUGGCUGCUAAAAAGGAGAGAAAGAGAACCUUGGAGCAAAAGCAAAAGGAGAUUCUUGAAAAAUCGAAACAGGAUGCUAUCCAAGCCAAGAAGAGUAGGAGGCGAUCACAACAAAUGCAGCUGCCUGCGGAUAUAGGUUUAAGAAGAGAAAGAACAGUUGUUGAUGUCGACGUAUCAGAAGAGAAGAAAAAGGAACUUUUGGAUAAAAUUCAGCACAAUACUGACAAUUUACAGAAGAGAAGGCUAUCAGAGAAACUUCGACAGCAAAAUCAGCUUAAAGCAAAACUGGAAAGUAUGCGAGCGAAAAGAGUUGGGGAAGCGAAUGCUCUGCUAGGCAUGGGCGAAAGACAAAAAACUAUUGUCAUGGAAGAAAGAGAGAGACAAAAGACUGUUUUGCAAGAGAGGAUAGCCCGUGUACGGUACGAACGAACUCAGACCUCUAUGACGAUAAGAGAAGACAAUCCUGACGCUGAGUCACGAAGCUUCGAUCAGCUUCUAGGAAGUGAUGAAAAUUUAGACCUUAACAAUGAUGAAAGAAUGGAGCGCGCAGCGCAAAGAAUGCAAGAAUCAUUCAUUCAAAAGCACACAGAGCAGACAGAGGCCGAAUCGAAGCCAAUCUUCAAAAGAGCUUCUGUGAUACUAGAGAAAAGAACGCUGGAACAGAAACUUAAAGACCGUAUCGCAUCUAGGAAAUUACAACGAAAACAAAAGGAAGUGUCCGAAGUAGCAGAAGUAGCCGAAUCAGAAUAG